AUGUACUAUCCAAUCAAACCCAUUCUCAUUCGACGUGGUGAUUCGCUCAACAGAUUCCACGCUGAAUUUCUGGAAAGAAAGAUCGUGGAACACGAAGCACAAGACGAUGGGGAAUUCCUAGAAGCAUGGGACUCCGCAAAGGAUUCAAUCAACCGGCGUAUCCAAAUCGACCUUGUCUAA